AUGUAUUAUCAAAAUGAGGAUAAUCAUCCAUUCACUCUUUGGGCGAUUUUAAACAUGCGUCCCAAUUAUGAGAUAAUUACCCGAACAAUGGCUUCCUUCACCGGUUCACACUUUUUUACACAUCUUUUCGGCUGCCUUUUGAUGACUAUCAAUCGUUAUAUGGCUGUAUGCCAGCCUGACCUGUAUAAUGUGGUAUGGAAGCGGAAGAUAGUGAAUAUUGUGUUAACAAUCGAGAUUAUUAUUUCAUUUGUAGCACAUACACCGUUAUUUUUGAUUAAGUUUGAUUAUCAGUGGAUUGACGACAAAUGGAUGCUUUCAGGACGUACUCAACCUAUUCCAUUCAACCGUAUAUUAAGCAAUUCCGUUGUUAUCAUUUACGAAGUUGUCAGCAUCACUCUUAUUGUUAUGACCAUGUACGCUAUUUCAAACUUGAGAGAUGCGAAAUCACCAAGGUAUUGGAAGGAAAUGGUAAGCACAUUCAACAAUUCUUAUGUCUGCUGAAA